AUGGUUGUUUCAUCGAGCUGUCCUUACCCAUCUUCGGCUCACGGAACGGCGAGUCGACGCGGCCACAAAAAGAUGCGCCACAUCAAGAAAGAGCAAGCACCAGCUGUACCGACCAUAGAAAUUCAGACAGUCCUGCGUCUCCGCCCGCUCCUGAAAAAAGAACGGGACGACCACAUCGUCAUUGAGCCGCUACUUCAAAACAACGUUCCAUCACGGUCCGUUGCCUUGCAUCCAAUUCCUCGUCCAGAAGUAAGUGCAAGCAGUCAGCUUGUGCGCCAGAACUUUUCGCCAGAAACAGUCGUCACGUCGCACGAUUUGGAGUUUACGACAGAUCAUGUGUUUUCCUCUGACACCUCUCAAGAAAAACUGUACUUUUCAAUCGGCUCGCCCAUAGCAUUGUCAUCUAUGGAUUCGCUGCUGAAAGGCUCUAAGAAGACACACAUGAUAGUAAUUACUGGAUCUAAGAAUAGUGGUAGAUCUUUCUCGACCUUUGGUCCAGUUUCCAAAAGGAAACAUGCCUCAGACGGUUUGGUACCUCGGAUACUCGACAGUCUUUUUAGUCAGGCGCGUCAUCAAAUGAAACACGCGGCAGGGAACUUCGCAGUCAAUAUUUCCAUCAUGCAAGUUCAUGAUGAGAAGAGCGACGAAUGUACGUUGCACGAUCUCCUACAGCCCAUCAAAAGCGGAGGAACUCCAAGAAAGCGGGCGGCGACUGGCUUUGCACAUUGGAGUGGUACCGGAAACGCAAAAGCCAACGCCGUGAAAUCUCUUGUGGCGAACUUUGAGCGGCAACAAUGCGCUACGCGUGCUACCAAGACCAUUCCCAUGAGGCGUUCGCCGGCUCGUGGAUACAAUUCAAUGAAAGAACCGGUCUUUGUUGAACAGGAUGCCAACACUUCCGAUUUUCAGAUAAUCAAUGGUCAGAUCAAAGCAUGCUACAAUACCGAAGAAGCUCGCGAAAUACUGAUUGCUGCAACAAAGCGGUCCGAAAAGAUGUCAAAAGGCCAUUUGCUCUCAUCGCACGUACUCGUCACUAUGGAAACAUCUUGGAUGGGCAAAAACGAGACAAAAUUUGGAGGAACGAUUGUCGUUCUCGAUCUCGCAGCACCCGCUUUUCAAGACAAUACCACAUCGAUGCCCAAUCAUAGACGCGUCAAGGACAGUAUCCAGACUAGACACGAUGCGUAUUGGGCUGUUCGUAAAUGCUUUGAAACUCUGCAGUAUAAUCAAACUGUAGCCUCGCUUAUGUGCGGUGAUGGCCGGCAAGAGAGCUUGAAAAAGGUCCCGUACCGUCAGCACAUGUUGACCAUGCUUCUACAGCGCUUUUUUAAAGGAACCACGUCCAUCACGUACAUGCUCACGGUGUAUCCAGGUCACACCGACUAUGCUGAAAAGAAAAAUCUUUUGCAAGACCUACAAAUUUUGUCUACACGCGAGCCGGGGCAAUCGGCUAUGACCGGAUUGCGUAGUCGGCGUCCCAGUGUGGAAUCCGGAGGAGAUCAAAAGCCAAACAACCAGCUAGCACCGCCCUUGUCCAUGGCUUCACAUGCUACCAACCGUGGAUCGCAGCCUGUAGAUCGGCAGAUAUUAAAGAAAGCAAUCUUGUUGACACCGAUGAAGGAAGACAUGAUUGAGAUCCCAAACAUUGCCAAGAAUCCUUCCCUGACGUACAGUGACUCAACACAAGAGAAAAUUAUGGACGACGGGGAUGAGCGGAGAUUUAUUGACGAUGAAUAUCUGGUGCCUUUGCCUCCCCCACCUAUUGCUCCGAGUUUUUCCGCUCGGCAAUUGCCUCAGUACAUACUGUCGCCCGACGCCAGCGCGCCACCGGAAGACGGAAUCGAAGCAGGCCUAGCCCCGAGUUUGGUGACAACCCCAAGAUUGGCCACGGUACCAUCCACUUUUGACUUUGCCCGCGAGCCCAAAUAUGAUCUCUGUACUGCUGAACAUUCUCCUCGUCCCGCAGAGCCAGACUCGCAUCAGACAGACUUCGUCUGUGCAGUAGAGGAGCGCCAGUCCCCUACGGCUCAUCCAGAUCCAUCCUCACUGAUCGCAAACCAGCCGCGCUCUCCAAUACAAGAAUUGGCACAGUCGGUUGACAGAAAGCACCGCAACGUAUUCAAUUCCAAGAGCUUUCGCCCAGUAAAGACAUUCAACAAAGUUGUACUUGCAUCAAAAAAGAAGGCCAGCCAAGUAAUUGCAUCGCUGGAGCAACGUCCAUUUGUGGAUCCGGAAGUAAAGGUUGGCCCUUCGAAUUUGUCUCUUUCUGACACACAUGCAGCGCCAGUUGAUGACAGAGAAUACAUACUUGAGCUCGAACGAAAAAACUCCAUGUUGGUGGAAGAAAACGAGAGACUUCGAGCACGCAACGAACAACUUGAGAUCGAAAAUAAGUCAAUUGUGUCACGCGGCUGGGACUCAGUACUUUCAAAUGACGAAAACAUUAAGCCAAUGGAUGAAAGGCGGCCACCGAGCAUAACGAAGCCCUUGGCCCAAAAACUGUCACAACUGGUGCAGACCAAAAGUUCCAACACUGGUUCCAGAAGUACAGACAACCCAUGGAAUCGACAUGCCAAAACUGCAAUCCCGCCUGUUCCUUAUUCUACUCAUAACGAUGCCCAUGGACAGCACUCCCCGAACUUUCGGUCCGCAGAUUUACAACGCACUGAGCAAAACCCUCGUUUUCGUCACAUUUCCGAAAUGUCUAGUGGUAAAGGUAGUAAACCCCCACCUAGCAAGUGGAUAGAUGGCAACAAAGGUAGCAAGUCUCCCAGUUUUGUGUUGAAUCUGCAGGGGGGCUUUCACGGUGGCCACCCUGGGGCUGUUGUGCCCGGAGGCUAG